AUGUCAUUGCGUCGAUUAACGUUGAGCGGACAGUUUGCACAAAAUGAAGGUAAAGUGGAAGAAUCAACGACGAUCGUUAUUGCUAAAGGUCUUUUAGCUAUAGCUGUGGAUGUUGGAAUCGCAUUAGCUGUCGCAUUUUUUGCAUUAAAUAUGUUUAUUGGCAAACUUUUUGAACCAUAUGAACGUGGUUUCUAUUGUUAUGAGGUACCGUAUAUUAAUAAUCCAUUUCGUCCAAAUACCAUAUCAACGAAGCACCUAUUAGCUGUUUCUAUUGCGUCACCAUUUCUCGUCAUCGUAUUAGUAGAAGCUGUGGUUUUUAUGAUAUCUAAAGGUGAAAAUAAACUGCGCAAAUAUUUCCAUUUCACUACAUCAAUCUAUCUCAUAUAUCUUGCUUCAUUUGUCAUUUCAGCAUUUAUAAUGGAGGUAUUGAAAUGUACGUUCGCUCGGUUAAGACCGCACUAUUUAAGUGUUUGCCAGCCGAACUGGGAGCAAAUCAAUUGUAACGAUCCAAAUACUUAUAUCGAAAAUGCCAAUUGUUUGGGAACUAAUAUGCAUCGGAUUCGUGUCGGACGUCAAAGUUUUCCAAGUGGCCAUACAUCAGCUGCUGUAUUGUUUUUUUUAUUCCUUUAUUUUUAUCUGAAAGGUAUAGUUAAUGCUACUCGCAGUAAAUUGUUACGAAUAAUCCGUUUCAUGGUGCUACUUAUAAGUGGUGCAUGGACAGUAUUGGUGAUGACAACGCGUGUAACCGAUAAUUGGCAUUACCCGACCGAUGUUUUAGGAGGAAUAAUAUUAGCUCUUUCAUGUGCAUAUAUUUUUGUUCCGAAAACUCAUUCUUCGUUGGUUUAUCAGAAUCGUUUACUGCAAAAUGAAGCCUGUGUAGUGGGUUACAUGGCUUGUUUUGAUUCGGAAGAACUCACUGAUUUUAUUAGACACCAAUGCAUCAUUAAUGCUGAUGAUGAUAGUCGAUGCAAGAAGAUAUUGAAACCACCUUCAAGGAAAGCGAAACCUGGUGGUUUACCGUUGAAUUUUCGUCCUGAAGAUGAUUCUGAUACGAGUAGUGGGGAGUAUUCCCCAUGUUAUUUGGCCUCUGCUAAUUGCGAAUCAACUUACGAACUGAUAGAGGAACGAUUACGUUCAAGAAUUCAGAAAAAUGACUUAUUAGGUCUAGAUGAUGAAGAUGAAGCGGUGAAAAAUAAUCCAGUUGAUGCACAGCCGAGUACAUCGAAUUUGGAAUUUUUUCAGUGCUCAGAUGUAUCCCGUAUUCCAUUAUCAUUUCCAGUGAAAAAAUCCGUUACUGCACUACUUUUGGAGAAAACGGAUUUUCUGAUCAGCUCUGACCUUGCAUCAUAUGCAAGAUUUGCUGCACCGGAUAUUGAAAAUGGUCGGAAACUGUUAGUUUUUUAUCCUUUUGUGGAACUUGAAUCAAGUAGUGGCAAAUGCUUCUCGCUAACUAUCUAUGCUCAGUGUGACAUUUGUAUCUCGGAUCUCAUUGGUUUAUGUUGCUAUGAAUAUGCACGGUGUCGAAAAACGAAUAACAUAGGAUCUGCUACGCAUUACCACUUGUUGAUGGCCGAAAAAAAUGGUGAAGUGGAUCGAGAUCUGCCCCCAAUUGAUGGCAAUCGUUUACUAAAUGAACUUGGCUCAUGCUGGUCAACGAUCGCUCUGGAGAAAAAGCGAAAUCUUAACUGUUCGGAAAUGACAAAUGUUAUCGUGUAUACCGUAAGUGGUAAACAAUAUGAAUUUUUAAUGGACUCAUUAGAUGUACCUCUACGAUGGCUUCGUGAUCAGGCUGUCAAAAAACGUAUCGAAGAUGAAGGUUCAGAAUUCUUGAGUGAUUGCCCAGCAUUGCGAGAAUACGUUUUAGAAGCCGCGAAACAACCUGAUGUUGUGUUGGACCUUAAUAAACCAAUAUCCAGCACGGCCUGUUUGGAAUUUCUACUUCUGCGCAUCAAUAGUUCUCGAGGUAAUUUCAUUCUACCACGCUUUUCGAAUUUUGCUCAGCGAGAUGGUACAACUCCAAAAGUUCAUGGCGAUUUGCAAAGUUCAUCAUUUAAACGUCGGCAAUGUUCCGCGUCAUUUAUCGAUAUCAAAGAUCCGUUAGAUAAUUCAAUUUGGUUUUGUUCGGUAGAAAAGAUUUAUCGAUACAAACCCAAAUCAAGUGCUUUAUUAACCAUUCGAACGGAUGGUUUUGAAUUGGCACCAAGCCAUUUGGAUGGAAUAGGGAAACGAAAUUCCGUAUUUUUGAAUCGUUCACUGAAAACCUUAUAUGUGACAUGGGAUUAUGUUGGUGGAGUUGAAUUCACUGAUCGCUCGAAUUUAAAACGAGGAGUGAAAAUUAUUUGGUUAGUAUAUCGACCAAUAAAGCAUAAGUCAGAAGUAUUAAAAAUGAACGAACUGGCUAGUAGAUCGUGCGAUUCGACACUGACUUUCGAAUCAGAUAGAUCAACUGAAAAUAAUGAAUUAUCAAGGAGAAAGCUGUACAAUGAUGCACGCUGGAAAAUAUUGAAGUUGGAAGCAGAUGUCGAUGAUGCUUGGAAUAUUACAAAGAGGAUAAAUACUAUAAUCGAUGACGUAAAUUCAGUAGUUCGUCAGAUUUAUAAAUAUUCAAAUGGUGGAUCCAAGAAACCAAAGAAAGCAGCUGCAGAAGCGUUUGGUAGUGAUACUGGUGCACAAUUCAGAGCACAAAAUAGUCCUAUUAAUCCUCCGGUCCGCAGGGUAUCACGAAUGACUUCUGCUGUGACAGGCAUUGUUCCCGUAUUAUUGAGAUUGUUAUGGAAACAUAAUUGUGAUUGA